AUCAAAUAAAAUUGCAGAAGGAAGAUAAGCGUAGGUUAAUCAUGAAGAUGGUACUUCUGGUUCUGUUUCUCCUGGGACUGGUAUUGUUGCAUUGCGAAGCUAAUGCCAGAAGAUUUUUAUUGGAGGUGAACACAGUGAAAGCAGGUAAUCAGGUUGCAUCUGAUGCUAAGCCUGAUGAUGAACCUAGCAAGUUAGGAACUGAUGUGAAACCGGUUACUGCAUCAGGGCCCUUGGUUGAUGCAAAAAGUGACAAUAAAACUAGCAGCAAUAGUAGCACCGUUAACAGCAAUGAAGAUGAUAAAAACGACAGCUAUGGAACUUAUGGAAAUCCAUCAGGAUCAUCUACUAAGAUCCACCACUACUACAUUGGUGACCACCCGCCAGCAAAAGGGAACUAGUUUGCUAUGAAGAAAACAGUUUGUGUGUAUAUAAUAUAAGUACUAAUAUAUGAUAAAGAGUGUGGAAUUGAUGAAUCUGUAGUGUGUUAUCGGCUGCUUGGAUGUCUAUUCCAGUUCCAGACAACCAAGAGCAUUAAUGGUAUCUGAUUAUUAUGUUUUCUGCAACUUUGUGUGGUCCGGCCCUCUAGGCCAAUUGUAGUUCCUUUAAACAAUAUACUACAUAAAUAAAUAACCGUGAUUGUGGUAUGUUGAAAGUAUUCGAGACUUCAAGGAUGAUAAGAAUAUAUUAUAAAUGAUAAUCAGUUAUCAGCUCUUGAAGCAUUCCUUGAGAA